ACUCGCGCACGCGCCUCUCAACCCAGCUUACUUUGCCGCAGGCCCCGCCCCUAGCCUGCAGAGGGCGCUGAACUUGAGAGCUCGGGGAUUUGGGACCGCUCUAGCCCGAUCCCUGCCUCGGUGGUGGGCGCUGCAGCUCUUCGUCCCCCACGCCUCCUCCCAGCACAGGCUUCACUGGUGAUCGCUGGACCCCUCCCUGUCCUGAACCCUGAGCCGGCACCAUGCACGGGCGACUGAAGGUGAAGACAUCGGAAGAGCAGGCUGAGGCCAAAAGGCUAGAGCGGGAGCAGAAGCUGAAGCUAUACCUGUCAGCCACCCAAGCUGUCUUCCAGAAGCGCCAGGCUGGCGAGCUGGAUGAAUCAGUGCUGGAACUGACAAGCCAGAUUCUGGGAGCCAACCCCGACUUUGCCACCCUCUGGAACUGCCGGCGAGAGGUGCUCCAGCAGCUGGAGACCCAGAAGUCCCCAGAGGAGCUGGCUGCUCUGGUGAAAGCAGAGCUGGGCUUCCUGGAGAGCUGCCUGCGUGUGAACCCCAAGUCCUACGGCACCUGGCACCAUCGCUGCUGGCUGCUGAGCCGCCUACCGGAGCCCAACUGGGCCCGGGAGCUGGAGCUGUGUGCCCGCUUCCUCGAGGUCGAUGAGCGGAACUUUCACUGCUGGGACUACCGUCGGUUUGUGGCUGCACAGGCAGCUGUGCCCCCCGCAGAGGAAUUGGCCUUCACUGAUAGCCUCAUCACCCGAAACUUCUCCAACUACUCCUCCUGGCAUUACCGCUCCUGCCUCUUGCCCCAGUUGCACCCCCAGCCGGACUCUGGGCCACAGGAUCGCCUGCCCGAGGAUGUGCUGCUCAAAGAGCUGGAACUGGUACAGAAUGCCUUCUUCACUGACCCCAAUGAUCAGAGUGCCUGGUUCUAUCACCGCUGGCUCCUGGGCCGAGCUGACCCCCAGGAUGCUCUGCGCUGCCUGCACGUGAGCCGGGACGAGGCCUGUCUGACUGUCUCCUUCUCUCGGCCCCUCCUAGUGAGCUCUGGGAUGGAGACCUUGCUGCUCAUGGUUGAUGGGUCGCCCCUGGCUGUGGAGUGGAGGACCCCAGAUGGCAGGAACCGGCCCAACCACGUCUGGCUCUGUGACCUACCUGCUGCCUCCCUCAACGACCAGUUGCCCCAACAUAUGUUUUGUGUCAUUUGGAUGGCAGGCGAUGCUCAGAAGGAGUGUGUGCUGUUAAAAGGCCGCCAGGAGGGCUGGUGCCGGGACUCAGCCACGGAUGAGCAGCUAUUCAGGUGUGAGCUGUCAGUAGAGAAGUCUACAGUGCUACAGUCUGAACUUGAAUCCUGCAAGGAGCUACAGGAGCUGGAGCCUGAGAACAAAUGGUGCCUCCUCACCAUCAUCCUACUGAUGCGGGCGCUGGACCCCCUACUGUAUGAGAAGGAGACACUGCAGUACUUCCAGACCCUCAAGGCCGUGGACCCAAUGCGGGCUGCGUACCUGGACGACCUGCGCAGCAAGUUCCUGCUGGAGAACAGCGUGCUCAAGAUGGAGUACGCUGAGGUGCGCGUGCUACACCUGGCUCACAAGGACCUCACAGUCCUCUGCCACCUGGAGCAGCUACUCUUGGUCACUCACCUUGACCUGUCACACAAUCGUCUCCGAGCCCUGCCCUCUGCCCUGGCCGCCCUGCGCUGCCUCGAGGUGCUACAAGUCGACGAUAACGACAUAGAGUCUCUGGAUGGUGUCACUAACCUGCCCCGGCUGCGAGAGCUCUUACUGUGUAGCAACCGCCUGCGGCAGCCCACAGCACUCCAGUCACUUGCCUCUUGUCCCAGACUGGUCCUCCUCAACCUGCAGGGCAACCCCCUGUGCCAAGCAGUGGGCAUCUCGGAACAGCUGGCCGAACUGCUGCCUUUAGUGAGCAGCAUCCUCAUCUAAGUGGAUGUCCCCCACCCUUGCCCUUAACUUAUUUGGACUAAAUAAAGAACGGAGAAAGCGCCUCGGUUCGCCUACCUGCUGC